GUCGCAGACAGACCAUGUCACAACCCAUCAACAUCGGGGCCAUCAAGCCUCCUGCUGAAAAAGAUCCUGGCGCAGUUGUCAACCAACCACUUUUUGGCUUCUUCCAUCGCAAAGAGGCCAGGCACAGCAGUUGUCGUCCAUCUCUUGCUGCCUCUGCUCGGGAAGUUAUUGAAAGGGUGAUCAAGGAUCCAAACAAGAUCAAAUUUUUUAAAUUCCCGUCCUGGUGACUGGUGACCAAACUUUGCCCCUGCCGAGUGGACUCGACUCUCUUGCUGCCUCUGCCCAGGAAAGAAGACAAAGGUGCUUGACAACGACCGACAAGCCGAGGCCAAUCAAGUCCACCCACCAACCAGAUAGCUAGGUACCGGUAGUUCUUGCCAUGUGCGGCUCCAAGCCAUUUUCACAUAGCUUCGCCUGGCUGCUGGGUUUCCAAGUAUUGUUAUGGCAAGAUGUACAGGUAUAUUGUUUUGCUCCAAACAUUGGCAUUCUUCCAUAUUCACAGAGGUUGACGUCCAAGUUGCAUUCUACGUCAGCUCCAGAUCACCCCCUUGAAGAUUCAGAAACCCUUUCUGAAGAAGCAUCAUGGCUCCAGGAUGAUUUGGAAAACGAAGCAGAGUAUGUGGAAGAAGAGGUUGAUGAGAUCGAACUCCUUGCAGCCAUUGAUGAAACCCCUGUUGGGGAACUCAGUGUAGAUCAGGUCUACUUUAUUCGUGAUAUCAUGGCUUUUUUUGUCGAAACAGAUAACGACCAGGAAGAACAAGACCAAGAAGAAGAGUCCACGGCCCCAGUUGUUGAGAAACUCUUGUUUCGGUUACUUGAUGAGUGGCAACAUGCAGUGGAACAGGAUUUAGAAGAAAAAACCGCCAUCUUGGAACCAACUAUCACAGAUUUUACUAUGGCAAUGAAGGCAUGGGAAAAAGAUGCCCUUCGGUAUGCCAACGGCCGGCGGAAGGAUACAAGAGGACAACCUGCUGUGGAGCACGUGGGCAACCUCAUGAGUAUGAUGGAACAGCUGCGGGAUUCGGGAAUUGAACACUUGAGACCAACCCAAACAGUACUGGAAAUCGUACUCCGGGUCUUUGCGUCGUCGAGAGAACGUGGAACUGACAGAAAAGUGUAUGAUUUGUUUGACACCAUCAAGGAUCGUUAUGGCUUGGAACAAACUUGUGACAUGUACCAAUCAGUCAUCCUGGCAUUGGCACGCAGCAGAGACAGGGGAUCUUCCCAAAGGGCCGAAAAGGUCUUGAAACAAGCAGUCAAGUUGUUUCCACCGCAUUUGGACCCCGACACAGGCAUGCCAGGAGGAAUUACACUUGAAAGCUUCAACAAAGUUUUGGUAUCAUGGGCUAAGAGUGGACUUGACUAUGGACCAGAGAGAGCUGAGAAACUUCUCGUGUUUAUGGUUGAAUUGGAGAAUGAAUUGAAUUGUGAUGGUUGUGUUACCCCCAAUCUCUCAAGUUAUAUCACACUUAUUGAUGCCUAUGCCCAGCAAAAUGAUUGGGAUGGUGUUAGCUGUGCAGAGCGCAUCUUUAAUCAACUCUUGUAUCAGUACUUUGAAGGAGAGCAAGUUGAAGAACCCAACAUUGCCAGCUGGACCAUUGUCAUGAGUGCCUGGAGUCGCUUGGCUAGGAAGAACUUUUAUGGCGCUGAGAACAAAGCUGACAAAUUGCUAAAACGAAUGGAGACACUACACGAGGAUGGCAGAAUCAGUUUUGGGCCAGACGCAAUUGCCUAUUUGGCUUGCAUGAACGCUUGGGCUUACAGCAAAAAUCAGUUUGGUCCCACGCAUGCAGAGAUAAUCCUUGAUGAGAUGAACGAAAAGUACAUGGAUGGAGACGAUAGCUUUCGGCCCUCUGCCAAGUCAAUUCAAAUUGUGCUGGAAAGCUGGGCCAAAAUGGGCAGCGAAGAUGCAAUGGAACAAGCAGAACUUGUCUUUGAUCGCUACGAAGAUCACUUUGAGUCACUAGCGGAAUCAAACGCAGAUGGAGUAUCAGACGGGAUAGCAGAGAUAUAUCGGACUAUGCUGUUGGGGUGGUGCAAGGUACAAGCCGGUCACACUGCUCCAUCUGGGGCAGGUGGGGCAGGAUCAAGUCCCCCCGACGCUGGCUCACCAAGUGCCCAGUCCCCGAGUGCCGUUACACCCGGGCCCAAUGCCAAUGCCCCAGCCGUUCGCGCGCAUGAUUACCUCUUGGACAUGGUUGACCGUAAAAUGACUGUCGAUAAUUUUGCAAUGGAAAAGCUCAUUGAAGCCAUAACGCAGAGAAUAGCAAUAUCGGAUGACAGCAUUGAUGAAGAUCCGAGCUCUGGAAGGCAGUUUCUUUUUACGCUAGCUUCCAAAACGUUUGAUGUUAUGGAGAAGUGCUGUGUGAGCGGACAGGUAACCCCAAGUGAAAGAGUGUACACUUCCUUCAUUCGCGCCAUGACCAAGGCUAGAGUGGCAAAGUUGGCCAACAAAUCGUAUGCCAUUCUCCAGCGCAUGCGGCGAUCUUACGAAGAGGGAAAUGAGGGAAUCCAACCAACAGUCUUCACGUACAACGCCGUGUUGACUGCAUGCGCAGAAACAACCAACGAAAACGAAACCAGAGAAGCCUUCAAGAUUGCGAUUGAAUUAUUCAAUGAAAUGAGGGGUCUGCGAGAUGGAUUGGAUCACGUUUCUUUUGGAAGAAUGUUGAAAUGUGCAAACUUAUUGCCAGAAGGACCCCAAAAGGACAAGUUGAUCGCUUCAACCUUUAAGAUGUGUUGUAGGAAAGGCCUCGUCAAUUCCUUUGUGAUUCAAAACUUCCAGAAUAUGGUACCCGAAGAGCAAUGGCGAAGCAUUCUGCGGUGUCCCAGGGGUGAGGUUAACAUGGAGUUGCUCCCACCUCAAUGGAGUGAGAGUAUCAAUGCCAGGAAAAACAACAAACCCCCGCGCCAUGGAGGUGGCAGGAAGAGAAGCUAUUGACCAUGAUGCUUGCGUUUAAGCCUAGUGAUCUGUAGUUUAAACCUAGUGCUAAGAGACCAGUGGCAUUGUUGCGCU